UCUAUAAUAUUACGUAUAUAUAAUGAAUAUCCACAUGUGUUGUUUUUCUCGUAUAACUUCAUAACUCUUAAUAAAUAAUGAAUAAUUAACUAAUUAAUAAUUACUAUUAAUUAAAUUUAUUAUUUUACUAGGUGUUUAGUUCUUUCAUCCAAGUUUUAUUUAUUCGCGAUUCAAAACAAAAAUCCAACAUAAAGCCUGAAAAGUUGAUUUUUUAUAUUUCUACAGUAUGCACUUUAUAUGUUAUAAUGUGAUACGUACUGGUAUCUAUAUUUUGCACACACAAAAAACAACUAACUUUCAUUUAACAAGAACGCAAGUGUCAAUAACAAAACGCAUGAAAUCGGCAAUAAAGGAAGCGGCCUAUAAAAGCAUCACCUCAAAUGGCAAAACAUCACCUGAGGAACAAAUUACAGCUGUAUCGCGACCGAUGCCCAACUCUUGAGUGUCUUGCUAAGGCUGUUGUCGCGAUGACUGACGGCUGUAGACCAUGUGUUUUCAUCUGGGCUGUGUUGCUGCUGCUGCCCACAGUCAUCAUGGCGUACAGACCAGUGAUUCUUGUUCACGGGCUCUUCGGUGGACCUGAACAGAUGGCGACGUUGAAGAAAUAUAUUAAACGGUCUCAUCCAGGUACCAGUGUGACUGCAAUAUCUCUGUAUGAUGGCGAUGCCAGCGUAAAGCCAAUGUGGGAACAGGUGGAUGGAUUUCGAAAGGCCAUCAAACCCAUCAUGGAAAGAGCUAAAGACGGCGUCCAUCUCAUCUGCUUUGCACAAGGUGGUUUGAUAUGUCGAGGAGUUCUUGCUACUCUUCCUCAUCACAAUGUUCACUCUCUGAUAUUGGUGUCUUCACCACUAGCUGGCCAUUAUGGAGAUUCAAAAUACAUCAGCAAGUUUUUCCCUUCGUUGAGCAAGUCAACACUGUACAAUGCUUGUUAUACUACACAAGGACAAAAAAGAUCAAGCUGUAGCUACUGGAAAGAUCCUCAUCAAAUUGAAAAAUACUUGAAGUACAGCGUCUUUCUAGCCCCGCUGAAUGGAGAAGUAAAAAAUGCCAAGUCAAAAGCAUGGCGCAAAAAUUUUCUGCGCAUAAAGACCAUGGUGUUGCUCGGCGGACCAGAUAAUGAAGUCAUUAAACCAUGGCAAUCAAGUAUGUUUGGGUUUUAUGACAGCGAUGAAAAUGUGAUCGAUAUGGAGCAUCAGGAUUUUUAUGUGAAUGAUGCCUUUGGCCUGAAAACACUGAACCGAAGAGAAGCCAUUGUGAAGUGUAUCGUCCCUGGUGUUAAACAUAAUGCCUGGCCUAAAAACCACAAAAUCUACAAGAAAUGCAUUGAAAAGUGGCUCACGUAAUCUACAGAAAGGAAACAAAACGUCUCCCUUCACAAGAGGAAGCGCUAGUGAUUGUUCUCCUACUGAUCCAUCAGAUUGUGUCAUUAUAUAAUAUUCAUUUACACCUGAUAAUAAAUUGAUUGUGAAAUGAA